GCAUGAGCGGGCUACCAGUCGCGUAAAAUCGAAAGUGAAAGUAGGAAAACCCCAAGGCCGACAUUGUUCAGUCUAAUCAGUGAUCGUACAUAUCCAUGUCUUAGACUUACUUUAGGAGGCAAAAGUUACCUGAACAUUUGUGUCAUAGGUCUACAGAUACACUUACUACAUUGAUAUGCCACCGAAGUCAUUCCAAGCCAAGAAAGGGCUGCAAGGGUCCGGCCGGUCUGAAGGGAGUAAGUAUGGUAACACCGAGGUCGGAAAAAGCAACCCCGACAUGACAAGUACAUAUCCAGGGCAAGAUAACCCAGGUUAUCUGCAGGCAGGAGACGAAUUCUCUGGAGGAGAAAAUGAGGAUACCUGGAUACCAAGUAUCAGUAGAGCUAAAGGAGAAUCAGGGAGAGGUCAUGAGAAUACCCAACCUCCAAAUGCCGAUGUGAUGGAAACACUCUGGAAACUUCAGCCUGUAAUUGUCCUUGUGGUAUUAGUACUACUAGGGAUUCCAAUUUACACACUGUAUGCUAGCAAUGGGAAUCUCACAACAAGGAUUGAAGAACUGGAGAGAAAAAUAUUAAUUGACAAAGAUAUUGAGAAGUUGAUAGAGACUAUUACAUCAUUAGAAAAGAGAAACAUAGAUCUGGCAUCAAAGUUAGAAAAAUUGGAUAAAUUAGCUGUGAGGUUGGAUCCAAAAGUUAAAGAACUAGAUGAAACAUUUGGCAAAUUAAAACCAACAGCUGACAAAUGUGAUAAAACUGUAACCGUACUAGGACCAAAAAUAGAACAAAUGGAGAAAACUGUUGUCGAAAUGAAACCAAAGGUUGAAGAAUGUGAUAACACAGUUCGCAAAUUGGAUCCAAAAGUUGAACAGUUAGUUGAAACUGUUAAUAAAGUGAAACCAAAAUUUGAAAAAUUGGAGAAAGAUGUUGGUAUUUUGGAACCUAAAGUUACAGAAUUGGAUGAAAUAGUUAUGAGAUCAGAACCCAAGGUCGAAAAAUUUGGAAAGGUCAUCCCCGAUUUGGAACCAAAAGUUAAAAAAUUACAGGAAACAGUUCAUGAUAAACUAGAACCAACGGUUGCAAAAUUGGAUGAAAAGGUUCCAAAAUUAAAACCAGAAGUUGAAAAAUUAGAGAAAGAUGUUGGUAAAUUAAAGCCAGAUGUUGAAAAAUUAGAGGAAACCUUCACAGAUUUGGAUAGAAGAGUGAAAAAACUUGAUGGGAAAGUUUCUGGUACAGAGACUCUGACUGAUGAUGUAAAAACAUUGAAGUCAACCACGGAUGAAAUACAUGAGCGCUUAUAUAAUCUUGGGGAAUAUUCCUGGAAAAAAGUUCCUGAGAGUCAAAACCGGAUCGACAGCCUGGAGCUAUCUUCACGGUCUACAAAUGCAAUUCUAUAUCUGAUCAUGGUAGUGGUCUUCGGUCUAGUCACUUGGGAAGUGUACACACUGACAUCCAGUGUAGGGGUUCAGAAAAGGGCCGUACAACAUUCAAGUGGAACCCAUCGGUCCCAGACACCGGCUGAUGACCAAGAAACCUACAGGCCGGUUCGGUCAGUUCUGGACAGCAUACAUCCGUCGACUCUAAACAACCAGAUCUGUGUAAUCAGUUUCUACUCGGAGACGAAGGCCUUGCAUAUGCGCCUUGUGGAAUCUGCCUGCAUUAGUAGAGAGCUCAGAAAUGUAGAGAGAGUUAGCUCCCUUAUCUCGGUUCACGAUAACAUCCCUAAUUUGCCUCGUGCCAAAGUCUUCCUGGUUUUUGUUGACUUCAACGAACGAGACAUAAUUCUAGAGCAUCCGGACCGUGAGGUCGGAGAUCUCAGAAUGACCACUGUCCAGGGAGCUCGCAAAAUGGGAGGUGAUGUGUUUGUGGUGUACGUUAAAGACAAAGGAUCGCAGAAUCUGAACCAACAAGAGUUGUAUAAUGAACAUUUACGCUCUAUCAACAUACAUCCUGAGCUGUCUGUCCUUAGCGCAAAACAGCGAGUGCUGACAACAUUUGAUGAAUUUACUAUGUUCCAGCGCUCUCACCUAGCAAAAAUUUUAUAAAGACUCUACACAAAUAGGAGCCAUGUCAUCCAAGCCAACAAACUCCCACAAAAGAGGAAGCAGAAAAAAAAACUUUUAUCUUAUUUUGCCUUGAAUGUGUUGUCUAAUGAACUGCUUAGAUGUUUUGCAUCUUUUGUCCAAAAGAAUAUUUUAGGAAAAAAUCAAAAUGAUUACUUUAUUUUUAGUUGCAUUGAUUAGGGCCCAGUAUCAGAGAUACCGAGAUAUGAGUGUCCUGUAUUUAAUCACUGUCUGUCCAUCUGUCUUUCUGACUGUCCAUCUGUCUUUCUGACUGUCCUUCUGUCUUUCUGUCUGUCCAUCUGUCUUUCUGACUGUCCAAUUGUCUGUUCGUUCAUCCACAAAUUUAGUUACCAGCUGAUAAGUUUAGUAUCUAUUAAGAUAAACAUCAAUUGGGAAAGAAAUCAGAAAUCAAGGUCAAAUGCCAAGGUCAUUAGGCCCAAAGCUCAAGGUUAAUUAUUAUAGCUUUUGACAAAUGUUUGCUAUGUCAUUACGAAGCUAGCGGGUCGGAGACCAAUGACCAAAGGUCAGGGUUACCAAAUCUAAGGUCAAUAUCAAAUGUUUUGUCUUUUCAUUGUUGAACAUUUCAUUUUCAAUUUUUGGACUUUAUAACGUUUUGAUUUUACUACAUUGGUUAAAAUUAAACAAGGAGCCAGCUGGCCAAAGGUUGAGAUUACAGGUCAAAGGUCAAGGUCAAAUUUUCAUUGAUCAACAUUUUCUUAUGAGAUUAUAAAGCAAACUUUGUUGGAAGUGUAAAUUGACCAAAAGGUCCAGGUCACUGGGUUACAGGUCAAAGUCAUUUGGGUUGAAAGGUCAAGGACACUGUAGAUCUCUGACAAUGACCCAGUUGGCUGUUAAUAGGUUGUUUAAAAUAAUCAAAGCUAUUUAACAAAUAAUAAUUGAACUGUAUUUGAAA